GCAGAUUGAGAUGGAGGGGGGACCAAACCUCUCACUUGAUCUGUAUCAGUUCCCCUGGGUCGCGGCAUGAACGCCAUUUGGGAAUGUAGUUAUCAUUUGCAUUGUUUGCUUGAAAUUCACGGCACAGGAGCUGAAGAGGGACGUGUUGUUACUCCAGCGAUGUGAAGAUUUAUGAGCCACCCUUUCUUGUUGCAGAGAGCCAGUCAGCGUGAUCCGCUCCUGCUAUGCUGAUACUAUGAGCUAACACCAAGCUAGCACAUUUGAUUGUUUUGGGAGAUACAUUUUUGAAGAACUCCUACAUUGACACAUGAAUUAGACACUUUUGUUGGUUGUUGUUGUUAGUUGUCAUCAAGCUGGAACACAAAGGGGAAUGUCUAACCAAGGAGUUAGGAGGAAUGGCCCAGUGAAGCUGCGGUUGACAGUCCUGUGUGCAAAGAACCUGGCAAAGAAAGACUUCUUCCGGUUGCCAGAUCCCUUUGCCAAAGUGGUGGUGGAUGGCUCAGGACAAUGCCACUCUACAGACACUGUGAGAAAUACGCUGGACCCAAAAUGGAAUCAACAUUAUGAUCUAUACAUUGGAAAGGCAGACUCCAUCACCAUCAGUGUGUGGAACCACAAGAAGAUCCACAAAAAGCAGGGAGCAGGUUUUCUGGGCUGUGUCCGCCUCCUGUCCAAUGCCAUCAACAGACUCAAAGACACAGGCUAUCAGAGACUGGACCUAAAUAAACUGGGCCCCAAUGACAAUGACACUGUGAGAGGACAGAUAGUUGUAAGUCUUCAGUCCAGGGAUCGCAUCGGUACGGGAGGACCGGUGGUGGACUGCAGUCGCCUGUUUGACAAUGACUUACCCGAUGGAUGGGAAGAGAGGAGGACAGCAUCAGGAAGGAUACAGUACCUGAACCACAUCACUCGUACCACACAAUGGGAGAGACCCACCAGGCCAGCUUCGGAGUACUCCAGCCCAUCAGGGCGUCCUCUGAGCUGUGUGGUGGAUGAGAACACGCCAGUGAUGACGCCCGUUAACGGGGCAGAGGCCAGCGGCCCGCCAGGUGAACAGCGACUCCAGGAGAGAAGGGUUCGAUCGCAGCGGCACCGUAACUACAUGAGUCGAACACACCUGCAUACACCGCCUGACCUGCCUGAGGGUUAUGAGCAAAGAACAACUCAGCAGGGCCAGGUCUACUUCCUCCACACACAGACUGGAGUCAGCACCUGGCAUGACCCCCGGGUUCCCAGGGAUUUAAGCAAUGUGAACUGUGAGGAGCUCGGCCCUCUGCCACCAGGUUGGGAAAUCAGAAACACCGCAACCGGCCGUGUCUACUUUGUCGACCACAACAAUCGAACAACACAGUUCACAGACCCGCGACUGUCUGCUAACCUACAUCUAGUACUCAACAGCCCAAGUCCAAAUGGUUCCCGUGUGGCCAUGGACUGCCAAAACACUAACCUCAGUCAUCCGACUCAGUUGAAGGACCAGGUUGUUCCUGGUGUCCCUCAGCAAGCUAUGUCCCCAGCCCAGUUGCCUGAAGAGGCAGAGUGCCUGACGGUGCCCAAGUACAAGCGAGACCUGGUGCAGAAGCUGAAGAUCCUGCGGCAGGAACUAUCUCAGCAACAACCCCAGGCUGGCCACUGCCGCAUCGAGGUCUGCCGUGAGGAGAUAUUUGAGGAGUCAUACCGACAAGUGAUGAAGAUGCGUCCAAAAGAUCUCUGGAAAAGACUGAUGAUCAAAUUCAGAGGAGAAGAGGGGCUCGACUACGGUGGGGUAGCAAGGGAGUGGUUGUACCUGCUGUCCCAUGAGAUGCUGAAUCCGUACUAUGGCCUGUUCCAGUACUCCAGAGAUGACAUCUAUACUUUACAGAUUAACCCUGAUUCUGCCGUCAACCCUGAGCACCUGUCGUACUUCCACUUUGUGGGUCGUAUCAUGGGCAUGGCAGUGUUCCACGGCCACUACAUUGAUGGAGGCUUCACCCUGCCCUUCUACAAACAGCUGCUGGGAAAAUCGAUCACGCUGGACGACAUGGAGUCUGUCGACCCGGACCUCCACAACAGCCUUGUCUGGAUCCUGGACAAUGACAUCACUGGCGUCCUGGACCAUACCUUCUGUGUAGAGCACAAUGCCUACGGAGAAAUCAUCCAACACGAGCUGAAACCCAACGGCAAGAGUAUCCCCGUCUCUGAGGACACCAAGAAGGAGUAUGUCAGGUUGUAUGUGAACUGGCGUUUCCUGCAUGGCAUUGAGGCUCAGUUUCUGGCCCUGCAGAAAGGCUUUAAUGAGGUUAUCCCACAACACCUGCUCAAAGCCUUCGACGAGAAGGAACUUGAGCUGAUCGUCUGCGGCCUGGGAAAGAUCGACAUCUCUGACUGGAAGUCCAACACUCGUCUGAAGCACUGCACCCCCGACAGCAACAUCGUAAAGUGGUUUUGGAAAGCAGUGGAGUCAUUUGAUGAGGAGAGGAGGGCCCGGCUGCUGCAGUUUGUUACUGGCUCAUCCAGAGUCCCUCUGCAGGGCUUCAAGGCUUUACAGGGUGCUGCAGGGCCCAGACUCUUCACCAUUCACCAGAUCGAUGCAAACACCAACAAUCUGCCCAAAGCCCAUACCUGCUUCAAUCGGAUUGACAUUCCACCCUACGAGAGCUACGACAAGCUAUACGACAAGCUGCUGACUGCGAUCGAGGAGACCUGCGGCUUCGCAGUGGAAUGAGACACAUUGGAGAGCGUGUUUGUGUGUGUUUGUACAUGUGUAACUGUGUGCAGGACUCUCAGACUAUUACUGUCACUGCGACGUGCCGACAUGCUCACUCAGAGCUUUCGACCAGCCUGCAGUCUUCCUCCUUUCUCACCGCUGUCCACAUUCUUCCCUUAUCAAUAUGUUUGAACAGCUGCUAGAGAGACAUACCGUCUUUUUUUUGUUUGUUUUUAAUCACUAUUUUGGUGUAGUUCAUGUGACUAAUGGUGAAAUACAGAGAGCGAAUCAAGUUAAGAGCUGCAGAAUAACUGUUUUGUUUUGGAUUAUCAUUGUGAGUGGGAGUUUCUUUUUCUAUUUGUUAGUGUCGGCUGGUCUUUGCAGUCAGAAAAGGAAACGAUGAAAAUAUCUGCACUGCCCUAUCAUCUCACUUCAGAUCAAAUCAGUUCAGGAAGCAGAUUAUCAACUUACUGCUCAACAUCUUAUAACUUCCCAGUCAUUUGAGAACAUUGAGUCACUAUUUUGUUUAGCAAUUUGAACCCAGUGAAUUAGUCUUUGUCAUGCCACUGAAUUUUUAACACACAUAUUCUGCAGGUAGCCAUAUCUUGCCCUCGGUAGCCAUCUUCACCUCAAAUGUAUACACCUUCCAACCCCCACGGCUGCAGAGUUAGUGUGCUUCACCUUGUAGGAGCGCCACAAAGUCAUCCUACCUUAGUGUGUAAUGCUUUGAUACCUGAAGGGUUUCAUUCCAAAAUGGUAUGUGACAGAUUUAGUUUAAAUCUGAUGAUGAAAAUUAACUAUUUUUACAGCAGUGAAACAUAAUCAGUGCAGUUUAUAUACCAGCUGUCAUUUAAUAAUAUAUCAUUUUGAAAUGGAACUUUGACUUGGAUGCAGGUUUGAUGUUUUGUGGUGCUUUUGAGUUGAGCUUGUCGUAUGUUGUUAAAAAAAAAAUAGAGGGACGGACUCUGGUAACGAAGAAGGUGUGAAUCUUAAUUGUUUUCCCUGGAUCACUGCACAGUGUGUCCAAAGCCCAUGUAAACGUGUUUGUCUCCGUGUUGCGGCAUGUGUAUACAAACGUACGCUUGUAUGCGAGGAAGUUAGACGUUUAAUAGAUGAACUCCACUAGCACAGUAUCUGAUGCUGCAGAGCUGUUUGAACCUCACUGCUGAGCCUGGUUCAUCUUCCUUUAUCCUCUUAGUCACACAUUCUUCUCCAGCAGAAAUGAGUAUGCAUGUUUUUCCUUUUUUUUCUUUUUUCUUUUUUUUUUUAAUCCAGUCCUGCAAACUUCCUGUCAGAUCACAUAUGAAAAGGGCACAACUGUCCACGGGACCAGGCUUGAUAAAAAGCUGUUCAAGGCAGACGACUAUUUUCAGUCACGUCAUCAGUUUAAAAAGGCAGAAAUAUUUCUUUUUCUCUCUUUUGUGACUUUUAGAGCACUUUACAAACUGAGCAGUGAUGGCAGAAGUGCUUUCUUCUCAUUAGAUUAAAAUAUAUCAUGUUUCAUUUGCUAUACAACUACAUUAGAAAUAUACAGAGUAAAAAGUAUCUAUACACCUGUAAUUUUUGAGUAUAUAUGUACAAAUACAUAGCUAUUUUGUAUAUUGUUGCUUGUUCUUUCUGUUCAGUGUCAAUGCAAGCAUGUUGAUGUCUGUCACAGACCUCUUUGCAUUCUCAGGUGAAGUUGUCCUUUGUUGUUUUUUUUAAAGUUUUUUUUUAUUAUUUUACAUUUAUUAGGCUAGUAUGUGAGGAGGGAUAAACUGGUUUUGAUGGAAAUUUUAUUUCAGAGGCCCUGUCUUUAAACCCAUGAUGGUGUCAGUUUAAAGUGAUAUUUUCUUUCGGUCAAUCACUUUCACUUUUUAGCACACACACACACACACACCGUCACAGGAGAACAUGAAUGUGUGUUUGCUGCUCUGGAUGUCUGGAUUUCAUAUUUACAUGAGCAGUCUGUAUGCAACAUGAUUUAUUAAAAGCAAUGAAAUGGACUGAAUGUUGUCAGUGGCUACAGAUCUUUAGAGCUGCAAAUGGUGGAGUUGACUGCUGCUGAACUCCUGAGUGCUACACAGUGAAAAUGUUCAACCAAAUAAGAUAUCACUGAAAACCACAGAGAGGCAACAGUGAGUAGCAUCUUUUAUCAGCAGAGCCUCCAUCCAAAACCUCUGCGUGAAUGGAUGCUCAAGAGAUAAAAGCAUAUUUAUUUGCAUAAGUAUUACUCUUAGAAAACAUUUUGACUUGGAAACAAUUAGUUAAAUGUUCUUUUUUUUUUUAAAACAUGUAUAUUGCCUGCAUUUAUUUGCAACCAUGGACAGUUUGUUAGCUCAUACUCUGAAACCGUGUGUGUUUAUUUUGUGGUCAUCAUGGCACAAAACAAAAAGAGUACAUCAAAAUUGUUGUCUUUGUACAGUUGCAGAGAAUUUAUUUGAUUUUACCUUUAAUAACCUGACUCAGAGGCAGAAUAGAAAUAAAUGCAUUACAAGUUCUUUUGCACACAUUUAUGCAUACUUGGGCUCCAAGUUAUAAUCGGACACUUCCUUCUAUUUACCAAAUAGUUAAUGGACUGAUUGAUUUUUAUGUAGAUACACACACACACAUAUAUAUAUAUAUAUACACACACACAAACAUGUUCUUGAUAUGCACACAUGUAUGUUUGUCCAGUGUACACAAUCCACUUCUGCUCUUUGUUACUUUUUUUUUCAGCACCAAGGUUUCUGGCUGGUUCAGUUUUCAGUGCAAAGGUUGUGGGGAUUGAGUAUUUCCAGAUGAGGGGAAAUCCUACUUUCUCCUUAAGACCAUUAAAAUGGUUGGACAUUGUCGACAAUUUUGAAGAUCAAUGUUCACUUUUGUAAAUUUCAAAUCAAUGUGAGGUGAUUUUGGUGUAAUCCGAUUGAUUUGAUGAUUCUAAUGGCAUUUAAUGGCCAAAUGAGCGCCAGACCUUUUGUCUAUAAUAUCAGUUCAUCAAUGUUCAUUUAAUUAUUUCAUCAGUUAAAAAUCCACAAUGAGGUGUGUGAUGUUUAGCAGUCUCUCUCCCCACACUUUGAAGUACACAUUUACAGGUUUAUGUACAAAUUCUUGGGUGUGUGUAAAUUACUUUUGAUUCAGUACAAAACAGGAUUUUUUUUUUUACUGCACCAUGUUUGUGUUUCUUUGAUUUCCUAUCUGGUUUUGUAUUUAUUAUUACAGUAUAUGUGUUCAUAGUUUUUCACAUCAGCUGCUCUGUGAGCUUGUAACUGACACCUGUACAUAAGGACAAUAAAGAAGCAAAAUAAUAAACUUCUUGUACCCUUGCAGAAAGCUGAGCAAUAAAACUAUGCUGUUUGGACCUCACAGCAUUAUGUUUUAUAGAACUAAAUGUGUCGCUGUCUUUUCUUUACUGCAGCAAC